CACGGGGGCUCUUCCAUGAUCAUGGCAGAUAAGGAUGAGAUGUCUACAUUUUUCCAGUUUGGGGCAUCCGUCCAACAGGAAGCCAUCGUCAUGCUGAAGUUCAUGCAAUACUACGACUGGCACAUAUUCUCUGUGGUGACCAGCACUUUCCCCGGCUACCGGGACUUUAUUAGCUUCAUCAAGUACACGGUGGAAAACAGCUUUGUGGGCUGGGACAUGCAAAAUGUCGUCACCCUUGACACGUCCCUCGGGGAUGCCAAGGCCACCAUUCAGCUGAAGAAGAUCCACUCUUCGGUCAUCCUGCUCUAUUGCUCUAAGGAGGAAGCCAUUUACAUUCUGGAUGAAGCGCGGUCCUUGGGCUUGACGGGAUACGACUUUUUCUGGAUUGUCCCCAGCUUGGUCAGUGGGAGCAGGGAAAUCGCCCCAGACACGUUUCCUUCCGGGCUGAUUUCGGUGGCCUAUGACGGAUGGGACUACAGCUUGGACGCUCGGAUCCGAGACGGCCUUGGGAUUAUUACCACAGCUGCUGCCGCCAUGCUGGAAAAGUAUUCCUUCAUCCCCGAAGCGAAGACCAGUUGCUACGGGCAGGUGGAGUACAGCGAACGCCCGUCUCACACGCUUCACAAGUUUAUGAUGAAUGUGACCUGGAAAGGCAGAGACUUAUCCUUCACUGCAGAUGGCUACCAAGCACAGCCGCGGCUGGUGGUCAUCGUCCUAAAUCAGACCCGGGCCUGGGAGAAGGUGGGUGAAUGGGAGAACCAGACGCUGAUCCAUAAGUACUCCGUGUGGCCUCGGUUUAACUCUUUCAAUGACAGUGAUCCAGACAACAACCACCUCAGCAUUGUCACCUUGGAGGAGGCUCCCUUUGUCAUCGUGGAGGACAUGGAUCCUUUGACGGAGACCUGUGUGAAGAACACAGUGCCGUGCCGGAAAUACGUCGUCAUUAACAACAUCACCAAAGAAGGAAAGAACAUGAAGAAAUGUUGCAAAGGGUUCUGCAUUGACAUCCUGAAGAAGCUCUCGAAGACCAUCAAGUUCACUUAUGACCUCUAUCUUGUGAUCAAUGGGAAGCAUGGAAAAAAAAUCAAUAACGAAUGGAACGGCAUGAUUGGGGAGGUGGUCAAAAAGCAAGCCGUGAUGGCCGUGGGGUCCCUCACCAUCAAUGGGGAGCGCUCAGAGGUGGUGGAUUUUUCAGUGCCGUUCGUAGAAACUGGAAUUAGCGUCAUGGUCUCCCGGAGCAAUGGCACUGUUUCUCCUUCUGCUUUUUUAGAGCCCUUCAGCGCGUCUGUCUGGGUGAUGAUGUUCGUGAUGCUGCUGGUCGUGUCGGCCAUCGCCGUCUUUGUCUUUGAGUACUUCAGCCCGGUGGGCUACAACCGCAACUUGGCCCAAGGGAAAGAUGCUCACGGGCCCUCCUUCACUAUUGGGAAAGCCGUGUGGCUCCUGUGGGGCCUGGUGUUCAACAACUCUGUGCCAGUGCAGAACCCGAAAGGAACCACCAGCAAAAUCAUGGUCUCUGUCUGGGCCUUCUUUGCUGUCAUCUUCUUGGCCAGUUACACAGCCAACCUGGCUGCCUUCAUGAUCCAGGAGGAAUUUGUUGACCAAGUCACGGGGCUGAGCGAUAAGAAGUUCCAGCAGCCGUACGCCUACUCCCCUCCUUUUCGGUUUGGGACCGUCCCAAACGGGAGCACAGAGAGAAACAUCCGGAACAACUACAAAGAAAUGCACGCUUACAUGGUGAAGUACAAUCAGAAAGGAGUGGAAGACGCCUUGGUCAGCUUGAAAACUGGGAAGCUGGACGCUUUCAUCUACGACGCAGCAGUGCUGAACUACAAGGCCGGGCGGGACGAAGGCUGCAAGCUGGUGACCAUCGGCAGUGGCUACAUCUUUGCCACGACGGGCUAUGGCAUUGCUCUGCAGAAGGGGUCACCCUGGAAGAGGGCCAUCGAUCUGGCGCUGCUGCAGUUUGUAGGAGACGGGGAAAUGGAAGAGCUGGAGACCCUGUGGCUGACGGGCAUUUGCCACAACGAGAAGAACGAGGUCAUGAGUAGUCAGCUGGACAUUGACAACAUGGCCGGCGUGUUUUACAUGCUGGCCGCCGCCAUGGCCCUCAGCCUGAUCACCUUCGUGUGGGAGCACUUGUUUUACUGGAAGCUCCGAUUCUGCUUCACCGGGAUGUGCUCGGAUCGGCCGGGGCUGCUGUUCUCCAUCAGCAGGGGUAUUUACAGUUGCAUUCAUGGAGUCCACAUUGAGGAGAAGAAAAAGUCUCCCCACUUCACUCUGACAAGUUCUCAGAGCAACAUGUUGAAGCUUUUGCAGACGGCCAAAAACAUGACCAAUGUGAACCCUGGGCGGAUCAGUUCCCCGCAAAGAGCAGCUGAGUUCAUCCGCCGGGGAUCUUUGAUGAUGGACCUGAUGAUGGAUAAGGGGAGUUUCAUCUUCUCGGACAACAGCCGCCCUCUUACCCCCAAGGAGAAUGUUUUCAGUGACAACACGAGUGAGCUGCAGACCUUCGCUGGUAACCGCCACCAAGACAAUCUCAACAACUAUGUCUUCCAAGGGCCACACCCGCUCACGCUCCACGAGUCCAACCCGAACACAGUGGAGGUGGCCGUGGCCACAGAGGCCAAGGAGAACUCGCGCCCGAGGCAGCUGUGGAGGAAGUCGCUUGAAUCGCUGCGCCAAGAGUCCCUCCGGCAGAGUCACAGCUCUCAGAGGGACAACGGCACGGGGGGAAGCCGGCGGCAUUCCUUGAAAGGCCCCCGGUACCUCCCCGAAGACGUUCACUCGGACAUCUCAGAUUCUUCGAGCAGAGCCACCGGCCACGCAGAGGGAGAGAGUAACAGCAAAUCCCUCAAGUCCAAGGACAACGUUAAGAAACGGCCUGCGUCAAAAUAUCCAAAGGAUUGCAGCGAGGUCGAGCUGACCUAUCUGAAGAGCAAACAGUCUUUGCCCCGGGACAAAAUUUACAUCAUUGAGGCAGACAAACAGCACAGUUUCCAUCUAGAUGUUCCCCCUGAGUAUGUGGAGAACAUCAUCCUCCCCGAGUCGGCGGGCGAGUUUCCCAACCUCUAUCAGGACCGCAACGACAACUACCGGGUGCCUGAGCAAAGCAAUCAGAUUCCCAUGCCAAACAAGGAGAGUCUUCCAAGUAACGGGCAGUACAAGCUCUACGCAAAGCCCUACGGCUCGAAAGACAAGAACGUCGCCUACGGAGAAGCCAACGAGCGAUACCGGCAGAAGGCCACCCACUGCCGGAGCUGCCUGACCAGCCUGCCCAGCUACGCGGGGCACUAUUUGAGCCGGUCACCCUACCGGUGCGGGGCCUGCGUGCGAAUGGGCAGUCUCUAUGACAUCGAGGAGGGGCAGAUGCUGCAGAGCCCUGCUGACGCCGGGCCCCGGGAAGAAGCGUGCCAGCAGGACUGGGCCCAGGAGAGCAAGACCCAGCCGCCCCGGAAGAGCAAGCCGCAGAUCAGCAGGCAGCGUUCUUUCGACAACAUUUUCAGUAAGCAUCGGGAAGGCAACGGGGGGAGGCCGGCCCGCAGCAUCAGCCUGAAAGAGAAGGAGAGACUGCUGGAAGGGGGUCCUUACGCCACUCUGUUCAGGGCUCCCCCGAGCAAACACUCGAGCGGCAAGCUCCCGCUCUUCACGCGCACGUUGGACGACGGUAAGAGGAUCAAGUCCCUGUAUCUCGAGUGCUCGGCAGAGAACCCUUUUCUGCACUCUUAUUGCGACGACCAGCACCUGGUCCGGGCGCCGAGUCCCACGGGCCCGCACAGACAGUCGGCCUACGAUAGUUUCUCCAGGUCAUCGAUAAAAUCGACUGCCUCGUACUGUUCCAGAGAUGGUCGGGUCCACAACGACGUGUGUGUUUCGGAGCACGGGAUGCCUUACGUUGCCGAUCAGAAUAGCGUGUGCUCGGCUCCUAGAGGGUUAAAUUCCUGCAGCAAUAGACGCGUGUAUAAGAAGAUGCCUAGCCUGGAAUCAGACGUGUAA